AGAGAGAAGACACAGAAGGGGAAGAGAGGCAAAGGGGGAUGGGCUUAUUGCUUUCAUUUAACGUUAAAAAAAUGCAGAAAUGAGAAGUUAAGGUGGACGGACAAACUAGGAGAUUUAUAAAGACAAAAGUAUAAAGUAGGUAAAGGAUUACACACAAUCAUGGUUCCUUGGACGAAAACCACAAGAGAGCGGUAUGGUGUAGUAAAGUGGAACUUUGUUGGCCAAAAUGAGAAGCACCUUUCCCUGGAGGUGGGCGAAACUGUCCACAUCCAGGAGGUUUGCGAAGGUUGGUACAGAGGCUACUUGUCUAGGAACAAAGCUCAACAGGGAGUGUUUCCAGUCAGUUUUGUUCAAGUUAAGGAAGUCAUAAUUGAAAAACGAGGAGAUGAGGAAGUGGUGAUGUCUGCAGAGAUGCCCUUGGUGAAGGAGGUGACCACUACGUUGAGGGAGUGGGGAAGCAUAUGGAAGCAGCUAUUUGUGGCCAAUAAAGAGGCACGUGUCAAACAGGUCCAGAGGCUGAUGUGGGAACUGAUGGAGUGGCGUUCUCAGCUCCUGUCUGGCACCCUGCCUAGUGAUGAAUUCAAGGAGCUAAAGCAGAAAGUUACUUCCAAGAUUGACUAUGGCAACAAGAUCCUCGAGUUGGACCAGGUUGUUCGAGAUGACGACGGGAACAUCUUGGAGCCAGAGCGAGCCAGCGUCAUCAGUCUAUUUCGGGCCCAUGAGGAGGCCACAGCCAAGAUCGGUGAACGCAUCAAAGAGGAGCAGUCCAACAUCCAGACAGACCACAGCGGGAUCUCAGCACGGAUCCAGUCCUCCCCCACACACAGCCUCUACGUCUUUGUGAGGAACUUUGUCUGUCGCAUUGGAGAGGACUCAGAGCUCUUCAUGUCCCUCUAUGAUCCCAAUAAGCAAACCAUCAUCAGUGAGAACUACUUAGUACGCUGGGGCAGCAAAGGUUUUCCUAAAGAGAUUGACAUGCUCAACAACCUGAAGGUUGUCUUUACAGACUUGGGAAACAAAGACCUGAGCAGAGAGAAGAUUUAUUUGAUCUGUCAGAUUGUAAGAGUAGGCAGGAUGGACCUGAAAGAAGCAAACAACAAGAAGUUUACUCAGGGCCUGAGGAGGCCUUUUGGGGUGGCAGUGAUGGACAUCAGCGAUAUCAUCAAAGGGAAGAUUGAAUGCGAUGAAGAGAAGCAGUAUUUCAUCCCCUUUUUCCCGGUAGUUGCAGAAAAUGACUUUCUCCACACCUUACUGAACAAAGUGACAACAUCACGAGGAGACAGUGGUGGCCAAGGUCUGUGGGUCACCAUGAAGGCUCUGGUGGGUGACAUCGUGCAGAUUCGGAAGGAAUACCCUCACCUCGUGGACCGUAGCACCGUGGUAGCCCGGAAGCUUGGCUUCCCAGAGAUCAUUAUGCCCGGAGAUGUUCGCAAUGACAUCUACCUCACCUUACAGGGCGGGGACUUCGACAAAUACAACAAGACAACCCAGAAAAACGUGGAGGUCAUUAUGUGGGUCUGUGAUGAGGAGGGCAAAGUCAUACAGAACUCCAUCUGUCUCGGAGCAGGGGAUAAGGCAGUCAGUGAGUAUAGAUCUGUCAUCUACUACCAAGUCAAACAGCCCCGCUGGAUGGAGACGUUUAAGGUGGCAGUCCCCCUGGAAGAAAUGCACAGAAUUCAUUUACGCUUUAUGUUCAGACAUCGCUCUUCCCAGGAGUCCAAGGAUAAGAGUGAGAAGAACUUCGCUAUGGCUUUUGUGCGUCUAAUGAAGGAGGAUGGGACUGUUCUGCAGGAUGGACUUCAUGAACUUGUGGUCUUCAAGGGUGACAGCAAGCGCAUGGAAGACGUGAACUGCUACUUGAAUUUGGCCUCAACCCGCAACCAUCACAGUGACCCCCACAAGAUGUCCACACUGAGCCGCAGCUCAAGCAGCGUGUCUGGGGGAGGAGGAGGCCUGUCUGUGAGCUCUAGAGACAGCUUCACCAUCUCCACCCUGGUCUGCUCCACUAAACUCACCCAAAACGUGGGGCUUUUGGGUCUGCUCAAGUGGAGGACUCGCCCUGAACUCCUCAAAGAAAACUUGGAGAAGCUAAAAAUCAUUGACGGAGAGGAGGUGGUCAAGUUUCUGCAGGACACUCUGGAUGCCUUGUUCAACAUUAUGAUGGAACACUCUCAGACUGAUGACUAUGACAUCCUUGUGUUUGAUGCCUUGAUAUACAUCAUCGGGCUCAUCGCUGACAGAAAAUUCCAGCACUUCAACACAGUGCUGGAGGCCUACAUCAAGCAACAUUUCAGUGCUACACUGGCUUACAAAAAGCUGAUGUCGGUGUUGAAGAGGUAUCUAGAUGUGUCCAGUCGAGGAGAACAGUGUGAGCCCAUACUCCGAACCCUCAAAGCCCUCGAGUAUAUCUUCAAGUUUAUCGUUCGUUCACGCAUGCUCUACUCGCAGCUGUACGAGGGGAAGGAGCAGGCAGAGUUUGAGGAGUCGCUGAGGAGGCUUUUUGAGUCAAUCAACAAUCUGAUGAGAACAGACUACACCACCACACUGUUGCUCAGGGUUGCUGCUCUGAAGUACCUGCCAACAGUCCUGCAAGAUGUGGAGAAAGUAUUUGAUGCCAAGCUUCUCAGUCAGUUGCUGCAUGACUUUUACUCCUGCAUUCCUCCUGAGAAACUCCAGAAACAGAAGGUGGCCUCUAUGACUGAAAUUGUCAGCAGCCAGCUCUUCCAGAGACAAGAAUGCCGUGAUGUGUUGUUACCCCUGAUGUUGCGGGAGCUGAGCGGGGCACUGAUCACGAUGGCUGACGGCCCACACGAUGAGAGGAAAAACAGUUUGGAGCUCCUCAACAACAUCCUCGAGGUCCUCAGCAGGAACAAUGUGGGGGACACCUUCCAACAUAUCCAAGACAUUGUGGUAUCUCUGCUACGGGUCAUCAACCAGACAGUCAUCACCAUGGGUCGAGAGCACACUCUGAUUUCGAGGGUUGUUGCCUGCAUGACAGCUAUUCUCAGUCAGAUGGAUGAUCGACACUAUUGUACAUACAUCGAAACCUUCAGUGGAACUACUGAUCUUGUGGACUUCCUAAUGGAGUCCUUCCUCCUUUUCAAGGACUUGAUUGGGAAACAUGUGUAUCCAUCUGACUGGAUGGCCAUGAUCAUGGUACAGAACAGGGUGUUCCUAAGAGCCAUCAAUACAUAUGCUGACACUAUGAAAGAAAAGUUCCUCAAUAACGAUGACUUUGAAGUCCAGUUGUGGAAUAACUACUUCCACUUGGCAGUUGCGUUUAUUACCCAGGAGUCCCUGCAGCUUCAGCAUUUCUCACCAACCAAGAGGAACAAGAUUCUGGCCAAAUAUGGAGAUAUGAGAAGGCUUAUUGGCUUUGCAAUCCGUGACAUCUGGUAUAAACUAGGCAGUCAUAAGAUCUGUUUCAUCCCCGGCAUGGUGGGUCCCAUCCUGGAGAUGACUUUGAUUCCUGAGGAAGAACUGAGAAGGGCCACUAUUCCCAUCUUCUUUGACAUGAUCACCUGUGAACAUGCACGUUUUGGAAACUUCAGCAAGUUUGAGAAUGAGAUCAUUCUGAAGUUGGACCAUGAGGUGGAGGGUGGUGGAGGAGAUGAACGCUACAUGCAGCUACUGGAGACCAUAUUGCUGGACUGUGCUGCUGAGAAACACACGCUGAGGCCACAGGUGCAGCACUUUGUCUCCUUGGUGAAGGGGCUCCUCAUUCGUCUCCUUGACUACCGCACCGUGAUGAGCGAUGACAGCCGCAACAACCGCAUGAGCUGCACAGUCAAUCUUCUGAACUUUUACAAGGACAUCAAUCGUGAAGCGAUGUAUAUCAGGUACCUUUACAAGUUGAGGGACCUUCACCUGGAGUGUGAAAACUACACAGAGGCAGCGUACACACUGCUGCUCCACUCUCGCCUGCUCAAGUGGUCAGAUGACAUGUGCAGUCAGUUUGAGUUCCACGGCUCCCAAACGCAGCGACAGCUCAAAGAAACUCUCUACGACACAAUCAUUGACUACUUUGACAAGGGCAAGAUGUGGGAAGAGGCCAUCACUCUGUGUAAGGAACUUGCAGAGCAGUAUGAAAAUGAGAUCUUUGACUACGAGCUGCUCAGCAAGAGACUGGAAAAACAAGCCAAGUUCUAUGAAAAUAUUAUGAAGAUCUUGAGGCCUAAACCAGACUACUUUGCAGUGGGCUACUAUGGACAGGGCUACCCUCCAUUCCUCAGGAACAAGGUGUUUAUCCACCGUGGUAAGGAGUAUGAGCGCAGAGAGGACUUCCAGAACCAGCUGAUGAGCCAGUUCCCCAGCGCUGUGCGUCUCAACACAACCACCAUGCCAGGGGACGAUAUCAAGAACUCUCCACUUCAGUAUAUCCAGUGUUUCACAGUCCAGCCAGUCCUCGAAAUCCCUCCUCGCCUGAAGAACAAACCCGUUCCUGACCAGAUCAUCAACUUCUAUAAGUCCAACUAUGUGCAGCGCUUUCACUAUUCCAGACCUGUGAGGAAAGGACCCGUGGACCCAAACAAUGAGUUUGCUUCCAUGUGGAUUGAGCGCACAACCUUUACCACUGUCUAUAAGCUGCCUGGGAUCCUGCGCUGGUUUGAGGCAACUGACAUGAAGCAUACUACCUUGUCUCCUUUGGAGAAUGCCAUAGAGACCAUGGAGUCAACAAAUGAGAAGAUUUUGACGAUGAUUAACCAAUACCAGUCUGACUGGAGCCUUCCCAUCAACCCUCUCUCCAUGCUGCUCAACGGCAUCGUUGACCCAGCUGUCAUGGGUGGCUUUGCAAAAUAUGAAAAGGCCUUCUUUACUGAAGAGUACACCCAGCAGCACCAGGAGGACAGAGACAAGCUGCUUCGCCUCAAGGACCUCAUCGCAUGGCAGAUCCCAUUAUUAGGUGGAGGAAUCUCCCUCCAUGGGAAGAGAGUGACAGACGACUUGCGUCCUUUCCAUGAGCGCAUGGAGGAGUGUUUCAAACAGCUGAAAAAGAAAGUGGAGAAGGAGUACGGAGCGAGAGAGUUGCCGGACAUGGAUGAGAGAAAGUCUACUCGUCCACGCUCCAUGCUGCGAUCAUUUCGUCAGUCCGUCAUCUCGAUUUCCUCACUGCAGGGAUCCGAGUGUGGGACGCCAACCAAGACACAUCCAGACAGGGACAUUCCUCCUGAGUCUCCAGUCUCCUGGAGCUCUGCCACCCUGCCACGCUCCAGUGGCAGUGUUAGUAUAGGUGAGGAGGGGAGUGUGAUGACAGUGGGUGAUGCAGAGGUCAAAAUGAGGAAGAGUAAGAAGAAGAAGAAAAGGAGCAGCAUGAUCUUCAUCACAGAGGAAAGAGAACGGACCAGUACACUGGAAUGCAAACGGUUGUCCAAGAAACAGGAGUUCCGCAGUGACACCAACUUGUCUGAGCCAAAUGAAGUAAAUGUGGCGCUGACCAAUGCCAACUCAAGAUCCCUGCCUGCCAUCACAGGCCUGUCCUUGUCAGUGGCAGGAGGGGCUGAGGAGGUGGAGUCCUCCAGAGCCAGGAGGGACAGUAAGAGCAUGUCUGUGUGUGACCGAACAGCAGACAGACGUUCAAAGGGUGUCAUCAACCUGUUAUUCAAGUCCAAGAGCUCCAGAACAGAGGAAGUGAAGCCCAGUGAUACAGUCAAAGAAAGCGACAGCCAUUUUUGAAAUGUAUUAUUUUCAUUUCUUGUCUUCUUUACUUAUUUGUACUAUGCUUUUUUUUAAACCAAAGACCUGUAGCUAAAUCCACAAUUAUACACUGACUCACACAGUCUACUUGUCUGUCUCAAUGUUGCUGUUGCCUUAAUAUAAUUGAUUUUACCUAUCAGUAAAGGCUAUUUUUGUUGUGUGACCUUUUUCCUGGCAAUUUAGAUGAUUCCCAGUGAAGCUAAAUGCCAUCUUACAGCUUUUCAAUCAAUUCUGCUUCUACAAGAAUGAGCAAACACAAACCAUCCCUCCGACACACUUGAUUAAAAGCUUCUCAUUAUACGGCUUUCAGCAUUGUUGACACUGAAGUUAAUGAGAAAAUAAUAAUUCUAUAAAGCACAAAGGUUACUGUGUCCUCCCAAAGGACUUAAAACUGGAACUUGUUGCCACAAGACUUUGGCACUGAUACAACAAAUGGGAAAGUCUAAUAAACUCAAAUAGAGUCAACAAACUGUGAAACUCAUUGUACAACAUCAAAGCUGUAGGGUUAGGGUUACCCCAAUGUUGAGUUUGUGUUUCUGUAUGAAUUCUGUUGGGAGUUACUUUUUGCAUUAUUUGGUCACAUUUUUUAUACCUUUCUUUAAAAUAUAAAAAUAAAUGUUUAAGUAUA